GUUUUCAGUAGAAGCACCUCUUAAUUAAAGAUUUUUAGAGGUUAAUCCUAAACGACGUGGCAAUCUGUAACUGGUUCUCUCUUUGCUCUAGUUUCGUUUGGGGAAAAAAAUCCUAUCAUUUUACGCGAGAGAAAGAAAAAAAAACUUCAAAGGGAGAUUUUCUGCGAUUCGGCGAUCGUCAUUGCUCUAAGGUAAAUCGAUUUCCGCAUGCUUAAUCCGAGUUGUUUAGGGUUCGAUUUAUGGAUUUCUACUUGUUCCAUGCUGUUUUUCUCUCACUUUUGUGGUCGAUUUUGGGUUUAAAAUCGAUUUGGGGAUCGAUUUGAAAUUAGGGUUUUCGUUAGGGUUCGAAGACGAAUUGGGAUACGAUUUUUGUUUCCGAUUUGGGGGUUUUAGAGAUCGAUUUCGGGUUUAAAAUCAAGUUAGGGAUCGAUUGUUGUUUCUGAUUGUCGUUGUGUUCUUGUUUGCUUAUGUCAACUUGUUUGCUUAUGUUAUUCAUUCAAGCAACUAAAAAUGAGUUUCCUCCUAGUUGUUCGCUUAUGAGACUAAUUUAAUUACAUUUUGAAGAUCAUGGAUCCUAAUGAAGAGAGGAGAUCUAUGAAGGCGCAAAAGGCCAUCUUCGAUAGCCUACAUUUUGUAACUGAUUCGAUGCAAGGAAUUCAAGAACGGUGUGUAUGUGGGAGACGCUUAGUGCGCGAGAGAGCUCCAGCAGAAGUCUUUGACUACCUACCCGGAAAGAGGUUCUUCACAUGCAAGGAGUACAAAGAUGAUGGCAUGCAUUACAGGCAGCCCUGGGUCUGUGCAGUGGAGGAAGAUCUACAGAUCAUGAAAACGAGGCUGGAAAAAUGUGAAGAGCAUAAAUCCCUGGUGGUAAAGCUGGAAGUCGAGAAUCAGGAGCUAAAGGUGAGUUGCCUUGUAUCUUUGGUUUAAGAUUUAGGUUAUGUGUCUGGCAUACUUCAAAAUGUUGACAAAUGUUUUAUAAUUUUUCAGGCAGAGGUGGAGAAGCUCAUAGCCCGAGUGUCCGAGCUUGAGUAUGCCGCAUAAGGUGAGUUCAUAAAUCUUUUUAGAGUUUUUGAACGUUCUCUAUUUCUAAAGUUCUUGCAUCAGUAACUUCAAAGUUUCAGAACUCUCUCUAUUUCGACUUCAUUUCAAACAUUCAAGUUUCUAAACAUUAACUUUUUAUUUCAUUUCAAACUUUCUAGCUUGAACUAGUUUAAAUCCAGUGGUAGAGGAAGACGAACGAGAUGGAUACAGUCAAUUUGAUACAUCUAUAUUCGUAGAAGGAGAAACAAGCAGAAGUUCAGAGGUGGAUUUCUCGUUCUCUACAAACAUGCCUACGAAUCUCGGUAAUAUGCUUGCCAUUCGGAGUGAACUUCGCGACCAAAGGAUACAUGAAUGAUUGAAGACCGAUUUAAUUGAGAAUAUAUUUGCAAAAUUUGGUCAUCAACAAUCAUAAUUAUUGUAUGUUUAAUAUUUAUUUUUCAAUAAAUAAAAUUUUAUUUUCCAUAAAUUUAACAAUAUUAUUUUAUUUCUAAGAACCUCACUUUGGAGUUCACCAAUGGACACCCAAAAAAGUGAAAGUCCUUAACUUUUCAAAAUUAAUUAAAAUAAUUAAAACAAAAUGCUAAGAACCGUACUUAGAGGUUUACCAAUGGAGUUGCUCUUAGGCUUCGAUUGUUACGAACCACCCCGCCCCGCCCCACACCGCAGUUAACAGUAACAAAAAUCUCUACAUAUACCAUAUAUAUAUAUAUCUUUUUUUUUAAUUAUACAAAAGUAUCCUGGCCCCACAGAAGUGAUUCAGACUAGUCACGUGUUGCCACGUGUCGGUCUUCUGUCCCUGGCGAUGCCGAAAUGUUAAUUCACCAGUGGCCGGGAUUCGAACCCAGGUGGCGGUAGUCACAGUUGUAAGCCCUUUACCACUAGAGCUAGAAGCCCCGGUUCAUAUACCAUAUAUCUAUUCGUAUUUAUAACUGUUAUAUAUACUAUUCGUAUUUAUAACUGUUAAAAC